GGAAGAUAGACAGACACCGCACCUUCGACUAAGGUAAAGCAUGGCGAUGACAGGCCACAGCUCAUGCUCCUCCAUGAGCAAUCACACCAAGGAGCGGGUCACCAUGGCCAAAGUAACCCUGGAAAACUUCUACAGUAAUCUCAUCGCCCAGCACGAGGAGAGAGAGAUGAGGCAGCAGAAGCUGGAGAAAGUAAUGGAUCAGGAAGGCCUGGCUGAUGAAGAGAAACGUAUUCGACGUUCUCAGCAUGCAAGGAAAGAAACUGAGUUUCUGCGCCUGAAACGUACCCGCCUGGGUCUGGAGGACUUUGAGUCUCUGAAGGUGAUUGGCCGAGGAGCUUUUGGAGAGGUGCGUUUGGUGCAGAAGAAGGACACCGGUCAUGUCUAUGCCAUGAAGAUUCUUCGCAAGGCUGACAUGCUGGAGAAAGAACAGGUUGGUCAUAUUCGUGCUGAGCGGGACAUCCUGGUGGAGGCUGACAGCCUGUGGGUGGUCAAGAUGUUCUACAGUUUCCAGGAUAAGAUGAACCUCUACCUUAUCAUGGAAUUCCUGCCAGGAGGAGAUAUGAUGACUCUCCUGAUGAAGAAGGACACUCUGACAGAAGAGGCCACUCAGUUCUACAUAGCAGAGACGGUGCUGGCCAUUGACUCCAUCCACCAGCUGGGCUUCAUCCACAGAGACAUCAAGCCAGACAACCUGUUGUUGGACUCCAGGGGUCAUGUGAAGCUGUCUGACUUUGGUCUGUGCACUGGGCUGAAGAGAGCUCACCGUACCGAGUUCUACAAGAACCUGAACCACAGCCUGCCCAGUGACCUCAGUAAGCAAACCUUUCAGAACAUGAACUCCAAGAGGAAAGCUGAGACGUGGAAGAGAAACAGGAGGCAGCUGGCCUUCUCCACUGUGGGAACUCCAGACUACAUCGCUCCAGAGGUCUUCAUGCAGAAUGGAUACAAUAAGCUCUGUGAUUGGUGGAGCCUAGGUGUCAUCAUGUAUGAAAUGCUGAUAGGUUAUCCUCCGUUCUGCUCAGAGACGCCUCAGGAGACGUACAGGAAGGUGAUGAACUGGAGGGAGACGCUCACCUUUCCACCAGAAGUGCCUAUAUCAGAGAAGGCCAAAGACCUCAUCCUCAGGUUCUGCUGUGAGGAGGAUCACAGGAUUGGUGCUACAGGUGUAGAGGUGAUCAAGUCCGAUCCUUUCUUUGAAGGGGUGGACUACGACCAUAUCAGAGAGAGGCCUGCUGCCAUUCCUAUAGAGAUCAAAAGCAUCGAUGACACCUCAAAUUUUGAUGAAUUCCCUGAUUCAGAUAUCCUCACACCAACGACUGCUCCCGUGUCCAACCACACAGAGGCUGACCUGAAGAACAAGGACUGGGUCUUCAUCAACUACACCUAUAAACGCUUUGAAGGCCUCACUGCUCGAGGAGCCAUACCCUCCUACAUGAAAUCAGGAAAGAGAUGAACACCUUCAGACACCACCAUGAAAACCUGAAUGAGUCCUUGUCUGUUGUCUGAGGAUGGACAACUGCUCCCGUCUUCUCACACCUGUGAUGUGGAUUUUCAUCACAAAGGUUCCAUUUCAUUGCUGUCCUCCACAGAAACUGCUGCCUUCAUUUCUGAUGCUUCCGAGGGUACCUCUCUACUUCUUCUGCUCACACAUGACUGAACUGGGAUUAAAGUGAUUAAAAUUCUUUCCACUUGCCUUUUCCACCAGUGGAUACAGUGGGACUUCUUCACUCCAGACACCAGCAUCACUUACAUUUCCUCUGUGCACCAGCACCAGUCUGUUGGACCUACCAAGGGCUCCUCUCCUUCCAAACCAGGAUGUCCACUUGAUUUACCUUUUUUAUGUCGAGUUCUUAGCUCAAACAUUGCAUUUAGCUUCACUUGAAGUGAAUCAGGUGCUCUUCAGGGGUUCUGUCCAAAUGUUCUUUCCUUGUUUCCUACAAGGGCUUCCUAAGAUUGCGCCUAACCAAAGACUGUGAGCUUAAAGAAUCAAGUCAUGUUUCUGCUUGAUCUCUGUCAUGUCACUUGUAACUUAGAAUUGUAGUUUUAUAGAUAUAUUUGCAAGAUUUGCUUGUUGAUAAGAGUGAUUAUAUGAGAAUGAUGCAUUUUGUGGAACAAAGACGAGAUUCUUGUUACGUUUUCACAAUGAUCCACUUGUGUUCAGCUUCCUUUAGCACCUUAUAUGAUGUUGGAUCCCACAGCAGUAUAGUCAGGCCUACAGCUCAUUUGUUUGUGUGUUUAAAUUGGGUUUAUUUAUUGGACAGGAAAAGUACACGCGUGUCCUCACAGGGGUUUCAAGGUGCUCUCUCUCCAAACUGAAGUCACCAUUUUUGUGAGAUUUGACUGUUUUAAUGAACAUGUUCUACAUUCAGACUUUGUCAGGGUGGGAGAAGACUCUGAAGCAUUUCAGGAAAACUCUUCUAUAAACUAUACAGUUAAAGACUGGGUGACCCACUACACCUGUUCAUAGUAGAGACAUUUCCAUCUGAAACACCUCAGGUGAAAACAUUAUUGGACACAGUACACACUGAUUUCUCUGAAGUCAUGCUGUGAUCAUAUUGUGUUGUUGGAAUGCAGCAGAAACAAGGGAACCUGAAACAGAAGCCUCUAUUUAAAAAAAGAAAAAGAAAAAAGAAAUCAUUCCUUAUGAAAAUGUUGAGUGUGAGUCACAGGGACACAUUUUGGUUGCAGUUUCUUGUUUAAAUCAUCACCCUGCUCUCAGUACUGCCUUCUUUAGACAUUUGGUUUGGGUGAUGAACUUAUGAGAAGUAAUCUUUUAUGUUGUAAUAUAUUUUGACAUGUUGAAGUUGGUAUCAGCUGGAGGGAAUCCUCUGCCACAUUUGUCACUCUAAAUGUGCUAUUUAAAAAAAAAAAAAAAAAAAGAGACACUCAACACCUUAAAGAGUAACUCACAGUGCAGCAAUGCUUGUCCUCCAAGCAACAUCCAGUUUGGAGUUACUCUUCAAGUCUAGAAGCACAGGGCUAAACUUUUCCAGUGAACACAAUAUCCAAAAUGCUGUCAUCUGAAAUGAAUGUAAAUGAAUGUGUAUGGAGUAACACACAAGAACUUUUUUUGCCACAACAAUUCCAAAUGCUGUUUGCUUGAAUGUAGCCUGGACACAUGUUUUUAAGUUUUUUUUAUUCUUAACAGGAGUUAUAAGAAUGGAAGCCCCUCUCAAACAAGACAUUUAGGAAUGAACAAUAAAAAUGUAUAUGGUCUUAAAGGACCAGUGCGUAAGAUUUAGUGACAUCUAGCAGUGAGAUUACAAUUUACAACGGACUGAAUCCACCCACCCUUUUCCCUCCCUUCCAUUCCCAGAAUGUCAGAGAACCUAAGGUGGCUGCAAAAAAUAAAAAAGGCCUCUCCUAGAGCCAGUGUUUGGUUUGUCCAUUCUGGGCUACUGUAGAAACAUGGUAAUGUGGCAUGGCCUCCAUGUAAGAGGACCCUCUCUCUAAGAUAUAAAGGGUUCAGUCUAAGGUAAGAAAAACACAGACAUUUUUAUUUAGAGGGGAUUCUACACUUAUUAAAACAUACUUAUGGAUAUUCUAUUACAUUUCUACUACUAUCUCAAAAUGUUGACUUGUAGUCUAAUUUUGGGCAUCAUUGUUCUUGUUUAAUACUUAUUUUGAUUUGCAUCAUAAUUUGGAUUUAUGAGGCUAAAACAAUGUUUUCUUUUAUUUAUGAAGUCCAAGUUUAAAAGUUUAAAUGAAAUCUAGCCAUGUGUUGUCCUAAUUUUGCCUUAGUAGGUCAAAAUUAUCAGUCAAAACUGAGAAUUUAGGCAAGUCAUAUACAACACUCAUAAUUCUGAUAUAAAAAGUCACAAGUUAAAGUAUUAAGUAACCACAUCAUUUAGUAGUUAAAAUGUUGUCUUAAGUCAAAUUAUUAUUUUGCCAUUUUUUUAUUUUGAAUGAUUUCGUAUACUUUAAUUUCUCAAAGUUUUAACUCCAUGAGGAUUUUUAUUUUUGUAAAUCACAACGUCAUCUAUUUUUUCCCAGCAUUAAUGGACUUCAGUAGCUGAGUUGUGUCUGAAGCUUUUUCUUCUCAUCUGUACUAUAAAACUUGUGUAUUCAGGUAGUGUGUAGAUGAAGCUCAGCAUAUUGUAACAGUUUAGAAAAGCACACAGUGGAGCUUUUUUUUCUAUAGCAGGGCUCAGUUUUUGAAGUGAACUGUCUGUUAAUGGAAGGAUCCUGCUCUGCAUGCUUUUACCAAACAGAUUAGUCCACUUAAAGCAAUAGAGAACAUGGAGUGACUGUGUGUGUGUGUGUGUGUGUGUGAGAGAGAGAGAGAGACAGAGAGAGAGAGAGAGAUCAUGCUCAGUUAAAACGAUGCAAUGUUGGACUUUUUGAUGGCCUGCUUGAUGAUCUGUAUGUUUUCUACCAACUAUGCUCAGAUAUGUAUGUAUGUGCUUCUGUCAUCGUGUCCCACAUGUGAUCUGGGAGUCAGAAGUGAGGGGAUUUGGGGAUUUGGGAAGGUGGGUGUGCAUUAUUUAAACCACUGUUCUCUUUGUAGCCUGUGGCUGUUGUAUUGUUUUCUUGCUAUUUGACAAUGAACUACUCUGCACUUCA